CUCCACUGAGUUCCCUGAACAAGAUCCACUGUAGCUGGGACAUGUGCCGAAAUCCCCGCUCGGCAGUUUUACACGUACGAAGUGGCUUCAAGCACGUGUGGCGGUGCUUCAGCCUCACUCAGUCUUGGACUAACCUCCAGGUGGGUCAGAAUUUGGACAGGGAUCUUUCAAGCCUCACGCUGCAUCUUCUUCCGCGCGCAAGAGGAAAGAAGCUAGGUCACCUACCUUUCUGUCAACCACACACGCUCAAUUGACCGCCAAUUUUCCAAUACCAAACACGCUGCAUCGCUUAUCACACGAACCAACGUCAUCAUGUCGGAUUCCGAAGAAUUGAACGAGCUUCCCGAGGAUGAGGAGGAGGAGGAUCUCUUCGGCGACGAGCCAGCAGAUGAUCUUCAGGAAGACAGAAGUCGCGCUGGUAGCGUACGCGACGACGCAUCCGACCGUGAUGAGGGCGAUGGCUACGGUAGAGAUGACGAGGCCCCUUUGCCAACCGACUAUGAGACGAAGGUCAUAGAGGCCGUUGAGAUGCAGCGUCAUCGCACUCCCAAGUCAAAAGAUCAGAGAUUACGAUCUCUGCGCGUCCCCAAGUUCAUGAAGAUCAUUCCAACGAUUUACGAUCCCGAGACUUUCGAGCCUACCGAACACGAUAUUGAGAACGCCAAAGCCGACGUACCCAAGGCCGACAUUCGGGUUCGGCGACAAGGAAACAAGCUGCAGAGCAACACCAUGAUUCACAGAUGGAGCGACGGUUCUGUGACUAUGACAGUCGGAGACGAGCAUUUUGAAGUCUCUACAAAGGCAUUGGCUCCUGGACCUAACGAGCCAUACUCUGAGCUUCAAGAUGGUCACUACUAUGCUGCUGCGGCGGAGUUGACCAGCAACUUCCUCAUGUUCGUUGGACAUGUCACCGACCAGUACAUUGUACGGCCCGGAAAGGAAGUGGCUGAUGAUGCGCUCGCUGCACUCGCCGAGCGCAUGGCGUCGAUAUCGCAAAAGCCUCAGGAGAAGGACAUGAUCAUCAACACCAUUCAGGAUCCCGAGCUGCGCAAGAGGCAAGCGGAGCAGGCAGAGAAAGAGCGCAUGAAGAUGCAAAGACGUCGCGAGACUCAGACCGCACGCAUGGAUGCAACCCGCGGCGGAUAUGGUCGCAGUGGAGGUCUCUCCAUUGGCGAACUUGAGGGUGGACGACGUGGCGGUGGUUCGCGCAAGAGAGGCAUGCCUGGCGCGCCGAAGCAAAAGAGAAGACGUCCUGAGUAUGAUUCUGACGAUGAUCUGCCUUCUGGCGCCCGCAGAGGAGACGAAUACGACAUGGAGGACGACUUCAUUGUGGCUAGUGACGACGAGGUCAGCGAGGUUGAACAUGACGAUGACGAUGAGGAGCUCCUCGACGAGGCACCACGAUCCAAGAAGCGCCGGGUUUCGGAUGACGAAGACGCUGAUGGAGAUGAUGAUGACAACAUGGAGCCAAGUGGCAGAGGAAGGCGCCGUCACGUUGUCGACGACGACGAUUCGGAGUGAGGUUUUUGACCACGACAAGACAUGCUUGACUGCAGACUCAGGCUGGUCGGAGAGGAUCAAAGUUUGUACUAUACCACAGCAUUUUCUCAUGCAAGCUGCACACCGAGGGCGGCGAUUACAAUGAUUACAUCCAAAUUCAUUUUUGCCAUGCGGAAGAGGACCCUUUUCAAUUCGUCACGGUAUACUGAAUGAAACUGAUGGGUAUAUGAGAGUUGCUUCGUGACAGUUAUCCUUCGGGUCUUGGCUGUACUGAGACUGGCGCGAACAAGCGGCACAACACGUGCGGCGUUUGACCUAACUCUUUGUCAUGGCUCUCAGACCAGACCGUUGGUAGCCAAUUUGACUUUGUUGGGAGCUGAGCAAGUGGCACAUCCAUCACCUCUUGUAGCUCAAUGAUUUAGCGGACUCUAAAGCCUGCAACCUGCAACGUGC